AUGGAAGGAUAUGAAGAAGUAUCUGAUUUGAUUCAGAAAUUUAAGAAGGAUACUUACGUUUUAAAUUAUUACAAAAGGAUAUACGAACUUAAUAAAUGUAAAAGUUAUAGGUCUAUCAUGAUUAAAGAUAUACAAAAUAAAAUAGAUUACAAGAAAGAGCAAGAAAAAAAUAUAAAAAAAAAAAAAAAAAAGGAUGAAAAUGACGAUGAAAUUAUAAAUGACGAUGAAAUUAUAAAUGAAGAUGAAAAUGAUAAAAAGGAAUAUUAUUAUAAUAGUGAAGAGAAUGCUACAACAUUAGGAAGAGAAACUUCAAAAGAUAAGAUCCAUACAUUACAUGAAAAUUAUAAUGAUGAUAAUAAUAAUGAUAUAAUGAAAACUAUUUUAAAAAGUAUAGAUAACAAACUAUAUAAAUAUACGAAUGAAGUUUUAGAGUAUUUUGAUGGACAGGAUAAAGAAACCUUAAAUACAAACUACCAAAUAAAUAAUUGUAUAGAGGCACAUGCAUAUAUCGAUAAUAUAUUGAUUACAAAUCAACAUGAUAUACAAUAUAUAUGUAAGGAUAUUAAUAAUAUUGAAAAGUUAACACAAAGUAUAAAUAACAAAUUAACAAAUCGUAAAAUAAUCUUAGAGCUUUUAAAUACAUAUAUUAAAAUAAUUAUUAUUACACCCCAACUAAUUAGAAAUAUAAUAUAUGGAGAUAUAAAUCAAGAAUUUAUUAAAAAUAUACAUAUCUUAACAAAUAAAAUUGAAAAUUGUAAACAUUGUUUAUAUGAUAUUUAUCCAAGUAUUAAAUACUCAUAUAUAGAAUUAGAAAAAUUAAAAAAAAAAUCAGUAGAUCGAAUUUAUUUCUUCUUCCUUGAAAAAAUAAAUAAUAUAAAAAAUAAAAAUACCGAUAUUUAUAUUAUACAACAAAAUCUACUAACCUUUUUUGAAUUAAAUACUUUUCUUUUUAAUAACAACAGACAUGUGUAUAAUUAUCUUUUGAAAGAAUAUAUCCAUGUUAUGAAUAAAAAAUAUUUCCAUUUAUUUAAAAAUUAUAUAACGAAUAUGCAAAAAAAAAUAAAAAAUAAUAAAAAUUGUACUUUUAUAAAUAAUUCAAAUGUUGGAUUUACAAAUAAUUACAACUCACAAGUUGAAAGAAAUGUAAAUAAUAAGAUAAGCGUGAAUAGAAAUAUAAACAUUAACAAUAUAAACAUUAACAAUAUAAACAUUAACAAUAUAAACAUUAACAAUAUAAACAUUAACGAUGUCGACAUAAAUAAUAUCAACAUAAAUAAUAAUAAUAAUAAUUAUAAUUAUAAUAAUUAUAAUAAUUAUUAUUAUAAUAAUAGUUGUAGUAACAACCAUCUGGAUAUCAUAUCGUCAAAUAUGAAUAAUGUAACUUUUCAAAAUGCAAAAAAAACCAUGAUGAAUUUUUUAGGGAUCAACCCCAAAAAUGAUAAUACAUGUAACACAUAUGAAGAACCGGAUGAAAAUAUUUUCUCCUUAAAUUGUCGACAUAAAGUGUUGUAUGAUAUGUGUUAUUUUAACAAAACAAAGGAAGAAAAAAAAAAUGAUAUUAAUAUAAAUGAUGAUAAUAUAAAUGAUGAUAAUAUAAAUGAUGAUAAUAUAAAUGAUGAUAAUAUAAAUGAUGAUAAUAUAAAUGAUGAUAAUAUAAAUGAUGAUAAUAUAAAUGAUGAUAAUAUAAAUGAUGAUAAUAUAAAUGAUGAUAAUAUAAAUGAUGAUAAUAUAAAUGAUGAUAAUAUAAAUGAUGAUAAUAUAAAUGAUGAUAAUAUAAAUGAUGAUAAUAUAUAUGAUGAUAAUAUAAAUGAUGAUAAUAUAAAUGACAAUAAUAAUGACAAUAAUAAUGAGAACAUUAUUAUGAAUAAUUAUAAUUAUAUUAAGAAUUAUAAUAGGAUAAACAAUGAAAAAACUUUUGAAAACAAAAUAAAUAAAGAAUAUCCAGUGUCCUUAAUUUCGGACUUAGACAAUUUAAUCUACCAUUUUGAAGAAAUAUACAAAUCAAUAAAUAAAUUAUUUUUAGAUACUGGUUCUUUAGAAUAUUAUUUUAUUUUGAAUUUUUUUAAAGAUUAUGAAUCACCUGAUUUUUUAUUUUUAGAGAUAUAUUCAAAGACCAUAUCUCUGUGUUUUGAUUUUAUCUAUUUUUAUACUAUACAAACGUAUGAUGUUAUAUCUUUAUAUUGUGUAUAUAUUAUGAACCUAUAUUAUGCUUAUAUUAUGUAUAAAAGAAAUAUCGUAACCCUUUAUGUGUAUAUUCAAAGAAUUCAAACUUUUUUAUGGGAUAAAAUAUAUUACAUUAUUCAAGAAAAUCUUGAUUCCUUAAAUAAGAAAAGGUUAGAUGAGAAGAAAUACGUUUCGUCAAAUUUUAAUGCUAAGAUAAAUACAAAUGAACUUGAACAUUAUCAAAAUAAAACAUGUCACAUAAAUAAUUUGACAUUUGAUAAGUUUGAAAAUUUUACAAAUGUUCAUAGUAAUAAUUAUCAAAAUGGUGAUAAUAAGGGUGAUAAUGAAGAUAACAACAUGGAUAAUGAAAAUAAAAAAUUGGAUAAUGAAGAUAAAAAGAGUGAUAAUGAAGAUAAAAAGAGUGAUAAUGAAGAUAACGAUAAAGAUAAAGAUAAUCAUUAUAAUAAUAACAUUAGUCAACAUUAUUAUCAUAAUCAUAAUAAUUAUUGUAUGAAUAAAAAUAUCGAACUCACAAACAAUUUGGGUAUAUAUAAAACACAAGCAAAUAAAAAUACACAUCUUGUGAACAUUAAACAAAAUGAUAUAACUAACAAACAUUUGAACACGAAUCUGAAUAAUCAAGAAGAAAAAAAACAUUCACUUCAUUUUUCAACUAUUUUAAAAACACAAGAAGUACAUAGUGUUACAAAAAAAUUUACAGAUUUUUAUUGCUCUGUAGUUAUAUUAUCUAAUUUGUGUUUUCAUAUAGACACUUAUUAUAAAGAAAAAAUAGAUAAGCAAAAAGUAAAAGUUGGAUAUCAAGAGCAAAAACUCAAGGAAAAUAAAAAUCAACAUCUCAUGAAUAUGGAAGAAAAAGUUGAUAAAAUAGAGAUGGAUAGAAAAAAUUAUAAUGAUCAGAAAGGAUGUAAUAUAUUACAUGGCGAAGCGGAUAAAAAUAAAUUAUCAAAUGAACAAUUUAAAGAAGAUAUAAUAAUGGAAAAUUUAUAUGAUAAAAAUGUAAAUUUUGUAAAACAUAAUAAUGAGGGUAUAGAAAAAAAUAAAGAUGAAUCUAAAAUAACUACAGAAAAAAGGAAACAUAAUAAUAAUAAUAAUAUUUGUGCACAUUCAAAUGAGAAUAGUUAUUUAAACAAAAUAUAUGAUGAGAAUGUAACUAUGGAAGACAAAUUAAAAAAUGAUAAAGAAGUAAAUAAUACAAGUAUAUCGGAUAAAAAAAAUAAUUAUUUUUUAAAAUAUAAGAAAAUUACUAAUUUGAUAUCAAAAUUAGAAGGAGCUAUUAUACAUACAUUAAUAAGUAUAGAUAAUGAAUUGGUAUGUCCAAAAGAAAAAUUAUUAUUUUUAAUUAAUAAUUAUUAUUAUAUUAUUUAUAUAUUAAAACAAAAUAAAUUACAAGAGAAAAUAUGUACAUUUGAAAAAUUAUUAAAAAAAGAAAUAACAACUUAUAUAGAAUAUGAAUUAAAUAUAUAUAUAAAAGAUAUUAUUUUAUUUGUAAACAAACAUGAAAAUAUAAUUAAUACUAUAAAAGAAGAUAUAUAUAAUAAAAAUAUAAAGAACAAUAAUAAUGAUGAUCAUCAUAAUUAUUAUUUAUCACAUGUUGAUUUUAUUUCUAUGGAAAAUAUAGCUAUUCAAUUUACAAAAAAUUGGAAACUUUUAUUUAAAAACAUCAGAAAUAAUAUUAUUACUUCAUUUAUAAAUAUAGACAAUGCAUUCAAUAUAUUAAAAUUAUUAAAUACUCAAAUUUUGUUAUACUUUACACGUUUCUAUCAAUUGACCAAAAAAAUAUUUUCUAAUAUACAACCACCUUUAUAUAUACAAAACCUUCCAUCCGUUGAUGUUAUCAUGAUACAAAUUAAGAAAGAUGCAAAGAAUGUCGGUAGUUAA